GAAAAAGGUCACUUGGAUUGCAAUCGUCAUAGUGUCUCCGUAUUUGACACAAGUGUCCUGGGACGUGAGCCUUCUCAAGUUUUUUCAGGAAUGAAGCCUGACAACAUGGAUGUAGUGGGGAAGACAUUUAAGCAGAGAAAAAGUUUCGCAACACGGAAAGAAGAGGUAGCAGGUAUAAGAGCCAAGUUUCCUUCAAAAGUCCCAGUAAUAGUAGAGAGAUACCACAAGGAACGUUCUUUGCCUAUUUUAGACAAGACCAAAUUUUUGGUUCCACAAGAACUUACAAUGUCACAAUUUGUCACAAUCAUCAGGUAAUUAAUGUAACUUUUGAAUGUAUAAUCCUCAGAC